CCUCGAAGAUGGCGGCGCCCAUGAUAAAACGCGCGCUCGUGAUGAGAUUUUCCCUCAGCUGCCAGAAACAGAACAGAUUACCCAGCUUAUUAAGCACAAGGGCCCUGUGUCAAAUGAGGCUACAGAGGAAUUACCUAACCACAGUAGCAGGCUUCAAGAAUGACUUACAUAGUGACGGCACAUCAAACAAUGGACAAUAUGUCACAGCUACAGUCCCAGGCCAGCCUGCAGAAGCCCGUGUGAUGACAGUAGCCAUUGUAGGAGCACCUAACUCUGGCAAGUCUACCCUCACCAACAGACUCAUGGGCAGAAGGGUAUGCCCCGUCUCCAAGAAAGUCCACACUACCAGGAGAAAAACUCUGGCCGUCUUGACUGAGGGGAACACUCAAGUGGUUUUCUUGGAUACUCCAGGAUUUACAAAUACAAGCAAAGCUGGAAGGCAUCAUCUAGAAAACACCCUGGUGAGAGACCCAAAAUCCAGCAUGUUGGAGGCAGACUUGAUUGCAGUUAUGGUGGACCCUACAGAGAGGAAUUCUCAGAAGAAGUUGAAGUGGGAUCUUCGUAAAGCUCUGUACACCUUACCUAAACCCAUACCAACUGUACUCAUCCUAAAUAAGACUGACUUGAUGAGACACAAAACGAAGCUACUGGACAUCUCGGCCAAACUCACUUCAGGGGUCAUCGGAGGAAAAGCCAUACAAACUAAAGAUUCAAAAAAGAGACCCACGACUGAACUAAGUCCACUAGAAGCUGCACUGAUGCAAGCACGAGAAAAGAAAGCCCUCGAUGCAACAAAAGAAAAACUUAUCAAAACAGACGCAGAAGAAAGACUAAGAGUUGAAAAUAUGACAGACUUUGCAACUGGAGAAGCAAAAGAGUUGUCAUCUGUGAGAAAUUUUGAAGACAUCUCUUUGGAAGAAAUUGCGGAAGGGCCAUCGCAAAGGCAAGAGAGUGAAAAAUCAACAGAAACACAUGAACUAGAUAGACACAAACAGUUGCAACAGACACACCUACAAGACUCAAAGAUGACAUAUGAUUCAGAUGACAUUGUGAAAGAUGCUUUGGAUGACACUACUGAAGAAGAGACAAAGAUGGGACUUGGGUAUGACGUAGAUGCCUGGGACAAGAUAGUGGAGGAAAGAGACAAGACUCUGAAACGACAGAAGAACAAGAAUCCUGAGAGGACAGCCUUACACCAGGAGAUAGCUAAACAGUCCGGCUGGCCAGGGUUUCAGCAGGUCUUCAUGAUGUCUGCUAAGGAAGGUCACGGGGUGGACAAGUUCAAGGAUUAUCUACUGUCCAUGGCUAAGCCUGGAGACUGGUUUUACCCCCCAGAGUUCCUGACAGAUCAGAGUGAACAUGAGAUUGCCUACCAUGCCAUCAGAGAGAAACUGUUGGAGUAUCUACCUCAGGAAGUGCCUUACAACAUAGAACAGGAGGUGGAGAUGUGGGAGGAGGGGGAGGGGGGUGAACUGCAGAUUGUCAUUCAGUUGAUUGUCAGCAAGCCCACACAAGUGGCCAUGCUGAUAGGUCCAAAAGGAGAGACCAUCAAGAGAAUUGUGAAGGAGGCAGCACAAGAAAUGGAGAACACUUUCUUCACUGAUGUCUUCCUCAAGCUGGGGGUGAAGUACAUGGGGCCUAAAAAGUAACCAUCGUCUUAUGUACAUUUUUGUUUGCUCCAGGCAU